UGAACACAAUCUUCCGCGUCGUCUGCCGUUUUUGCUCGGCUUUUUUUGUACAUGGUCAGGGGGCCGACCUCCUGCCCCACGAGCCUUACACCUUGCAACGAUGAACAAGGCAUCAAGAAAACCAAAAGCUCAUAUGCAAUUGGUGUUGUGUCAAGUCCAGAAAUUACAACGAUGGGGAAACACGAUUCAGCAGUUCUAUGUAGGCCGUUGCGUCUUCCCUGUUGGGCUCGUUUGACCAGGGAUUUUCCAUCAAGCACUGGUCUUAUGUACCAGCCCGUCAAGCUAUCCAACCGUUCUCGAGUUGGUCCAGGGUAGUAUCCCUUUAGUUUACAUAGCUCAUGUCGAUAUCCCUCUGGUAUCUCUUGCGCCUGUUGCUUGGAUUUUCCCCUGCGGGUGGGCCUGCUGUCAAUUAAUUUUCAUCGUCUAUCUACGUGCGUUUCAUCCCUAAUCACACUGUGAGUUUCAUGUCUCCUUCUUGAGCACAUACAUAGUACUAUUUACUACACCCAGUCACAUCAUGGACCAUUGCAGUCAAGUGUGGUGACUUCUGUAGGAUCUUCGACCUUCCAAAACCCACUCGAGAAUCACCUAAGCUCAAUUCCCUUGUAUAGCUGUUGUCAUAUCUAAUAAGCUUAAAGAGUCAAUCCUCAAUGAACCCAGUCGCCAAGCCUCGACAUGCAAACUCUUACGACGACGCUCCGGACUCCAGGAGCAAUGAAGAAAACCGAUCGUCCCCUCCAGGGGAACCCACAAGAGGAAUUUUAAUUGCGACGUGCGAUGCUCUCUUGAUUUCCACCUAUCCCUUCGCUCCUCCUGCUACGAAGACGCCUUCCCCAGACGGCGUGGAUUCCGGGGAAAGGGAGGUUGUUGCCACUCUGGCGGCUUCAUGUCUCCUCACCCCAGCUACUACAAGCCAUCUAACCACCGAGGUUGGCGCAUUGGAGGCGGGCGCACUUGCAGCUCGAUCGAUUAUCACAGCGGACGAUCGGGGUAACGCCGCACUUGGUGAAACUACCCAUCCCUCCGGAGGAGAGCCUGAGGAUCUUGAAGCAAAGCACCAUGUCAGCGAUACUGGGUUCGGUUUGAGGACGGCGACGCCUGGCGAGAUCGUGUCGCUCCAGAAUUCAGAAGCGGCGCACAAUACCCGACUGCGAGUGAAUCAGCCUGUGGGAAUACUGGAAGAGUAUGGAGAGGGUCAAACUGAUUUCGAUGGGGUGAUCGACACGAUGGAGGUCCUUCCGGUCACUGCGGGGCGCUCGGAGGGACUCAAUCUUUCUCCAGCUUCAACCUCCUCCAACCUUCACUUUGGCAAUCUUACGGUGCGCAAGAGUCGGGAUGUCAAUUUCCCUUCAAGUUCAAAGCCAUCCAGCUCCUACGAAGUUAGUCCGUUGGCCGAGGUCACAGAUGCUUACACGGGAUCUCAGGGAGGGUGGAGCUUGCCUUUGUUAGCCCCAGAUUACGAUAUCAAACUACAACCCUUUCACCAUGACACUGAUCGCUGCGGAACAACAUUUACCAAGUCUAUCCAGUCCAAAAAGGCCGACAAGAAAGGAAAGGAAAACGAAUCUCUCGACGCUAAACUCUGGAGUCACACUUCUCGUCCAAGGAGUCGUGGCGGACAUAUGUUCAAGAACAAUUUUUCUGCCGAUCAAUCACCUGCACCGGCUGUCCGUCGAGGCCCCUUACGAAUAUAAUCCGUUGCUUCUGUUACGAGGUCAACCAAUGCCUAUCAACUUCGCCCACGACAAAGAAAAAAUUAGCACAAGUAGACAGCUUUUAACAUCAAAAGUUGGAGAUGAACUUUAUAAUUCAACCUGGACACCAUACCCACGAAGACUCGCAUUGCAAGGCCUUCCAACUGGACUUACUCUUAAUCGCCAUCAUGUGAUCAAAUCUUACGAAGAUAUAGCGAAAACCACUUGGUCAAACUCCACGCGCGCACAUUUCCCGGCUUAUCCUUUUUCUUCUUCUUUUUUCAAAAAAAAAAAAAAAAAAAUCUACGAAUGUAUUUCCGGGAUAACGAUUCAACCGCUUCCAAAACUCUCUGAUUAUCUAUCCACUCACGAUGUACCAUUGUUACUGUCAUCCUCGAUUGAAAAAUUAGUUAGUAUCACAAACCCAUGUCAACAUCAUCUCGAACCACUGAAUCUCCGCGUGGUUCCUCAACAACGACAAUCAAAACGAGCUUUGUAUGCAGUUUCUUCUAUCUCAUUCAACACUAUUUUUGGAAGAGAAGAAGAAAAAAAAAUCGACUCCGCUAUAUCUGCCGAAUAUCUUGUUCUAGUUGUAAUGUCUCAUAUCACGAAUAUUUUCUCAUCAUGUGCUCGUUUCUCGACCUUUGUUUUAUGUGUUGCUUCCUUGUGAUGAACUCUUCCUAUCCAGUCUAGAAACCCUCUGAUUGUAAAUAAAACAAGGGUGAUGCGCAGAGGAAAUGAUGGUGAACUGAAGCAGGAAGUGAUCAUGAUGUGGG